AGCGCUGCUCACACACGCACACACACAUUAUCAUUCCCCGGAAUCACGAACAUAACAUCGUUAUCGCAGUAUGAGGAGUAAAUCGUGUCGGGACAGGGAGUGUGUGUGAAUGAGGACCGCGGAGGGUUCGGUCCGUCGCGCAGCAUCGAGCCACGAAACCCAGGCCUGCUCAAGUGUUUAUAUAAUUAUAUCAUACGAUGGAAGCGAUUCCCUGCUUCGGAAGUAGUUCGCUGGAUGUUAGUCUCGCCGGAGACAUAUAAGCGCGUCGUGAUACCGUACUGCCAACGAGAACCUCCCGUCCGCGAGAAACAUGUGGUGGAAACUGUUCUUUUUGCUCCUGUAUUUCUUCAUGCUGUUCAUCCUGGCUCGGUUCUUCGAAGCCGUCGUCUGGUACGAGACUGGGAUCUUCGCCACACAGCUGGUGGACCCAGUGACACUGAGCUUCAGGAGGCUGAAGACCAUCCUGGAGUGCCGGGGACUGGGUUACUCGGGCCUGGCGGAGAAGAGGGAUGUGCGGGAGCUGGUGGAGAACUCGGGUGAGCUGAUGCAAGGCGAGCUGUAUUCUGCCAUCAAGAACGAGGAACAGCAGACUGGGUCUGACUCCAGCACAUCUUUCAGCGGAGAAAUGCACUUCUAUGAGUUAGUGGAGGACACUAAAGAUGGCAUCUGGCUAGUUCAGGUAAUAGCCCAGGACAGAAACCCGCUGUUGAGCACGGCUAACUGGGGCAAAAUGGUGCAGAAAGUCUCCCAGUUUGGCAUCCGGACCGGCACCUUCAACUGCUCCAGCGACUCGAGGUACUGCCACAAGCGUGGCUGGAUGAAGUCCACCCUCAUCAUGUCGGUCCCGCAGACCUACGCCUCCAAAGGGAAGGUCAUGCUGAAGGAGUACGACGGCCGGCGCAUCGAGACGGAGCACAUCUUUAAAUGGAUGACGGCGCACGUCGCCUCGCGCAUCAAGACCAUCCGCGUCUCCCAGCGACUCCUGGACGACUGGUAUCAGAUGGAGAAGCAGCCGGUCAAGAUGUUCCUGUUUGCCAGACUCCUGCAACCCCCCGCGUUCUUCUCCGCGCUCAGCAUCAAGUUCACCGGGCGGAUCGAGUUCAUCUUCGUGGACGUGCGCGACUGGGAGGACACGAGCGUCCUGGAGGAGAUCGGGGUUCAGCAGACGCCCUCCUACAUCCUCAAAACUCCUGAGGGCAUUUACCGGUACGGGAACAGCACCGGGGAGUUCAUCUCCCUACACGCCAUGGACUCGUUCCUGCGCUCCGUGCAACCGGAAGUCAACGACUUGUUCAUUUUAAGCUUAGUCAUGGUUAACCUGAUGGCUUGGAUGGAUCUUUUCAUAACGCAAGGAGCCACUAUUAAACGCUUUGUGGUUUUGAUUAGCACGCUAGGCACUUAUAACUCGCUACUCAUCAUCUCCUGGCUGCCGAUCCUCGGGUUUCUCCAACUCCCGUACUUGGACAGCUUUUACGAGUACAGCUUGAAACUCUUGCGCUACGCAGACACCACGACCAUCGCCUCGUGGGUCCGAUCCGACUGGACCUUUUACUCGUCCCACCCGGCUCUGUUCCUCAGCACUUAUCUCGCUCACGGGCUUCUCAUCGACUACUUCGAGAAGAAGAGAAGAUGCAGCAACGAAGACCAAAACGCCAACAACCUGGAGUGGUUGUCGAGUCUGUGGGAUUGGUACACCAGCUACCUGGUGCAUCCAAUCGCCUCGUUCCAGAACUUUGAGUCCGAUUGGGAUGACGAUCCUAAUUUCCUUUUGGAAAGGUUGGCGUUCCCCGAUCUCUGGCUUCACCCGCUUGUUCCCACAGAUUACAUCAAGAACCUGCCGACGUGGAAGUUCAGACUGAGUCCGGACCCUGACGUUGACCCGGAAGCGCAUCGCCCGAGUGACCCGGACUGGUCUGGGUGGCCGUGCGGGAUGCUCCACUGCACCGAGUGUGUGGUGUGUCUGGAGAACUUUGACACAGAUUGCCUGGUCAUGGGUCUGCCGUGUGGUCACGUGUUCCACCAGCAGUGCAUUGUGGUCUGGCUGGCCGGUGGGCGGCACUGUUGCCCCGUGUGCCGGUGGCCGUCAAACAAGAAGCGACCCGCGAGACCGCGCGCAACCGAACCGCUGGAUCCCGAAUAACCCUCAAUCCUUUACGUCCCGCUUCUUGCUAGUGUUGUCAAACGGACCGACUUCGGUUCUAAGUCGAUACUGGAAUUUUAAAUGUGACGCGUUGAGCGCACUCAUAAACGCCUCUGAUUGGCCGUUGUGUUCACGAGCUCAUCUGUGAUUGGCUACAGUGAUCAG